CUGGUUCAUUUCAUUCUUUCUUUACAUUAAAAUAGCAUCAAAUGCGCCUAGGCCCAGUUAGUCUUAAGGAAUCCAGUCUUAAUUUUAGACCCAGUAAGUGACAGAAUGAUCUUUUGUUCAGACAGUAGUCGAGGUUAAAGCUUUGAAGGGGUGAAAUGGACUUGUACACAAGAAGUCAGCAUGGAUCCACCGGUGCCACAGAGUAUUGGGACAGAGUUAUCAAGAAGCAGGGAACCAGUUCAAAUGAAUGGUAUGGAGGUUACCAUGACUUAACAGGCGUUCUUCAUAAGUACGUCCGACCAUCAGACAAGACGCUUUUUGUGGGAGACGUUAACUGUUGUCUGAGUGAGAGUCUUUAUGAUGUAGGUUAUCGCUCCCUCGUCAAUAUUGACGAGAACGAUGCCGACGUGAGACAGAUGAGCACCAGGUCUGGCAAGACAAGGCCAGAGAUGAAGUUCCUUCAGAUGGAUGCGGGAGAGAUGAAACUUGAAGAUACGUCAUUCAACGCUGUUCUAGACAGAGGUACAGUAGACUUCCUCCUUGAAGAGGACAAUGAGGAGGCCAGACUGAAAGGGAGUCGAGUAUUAGCCGAGGUUUGCCGAAUCUUGAAGAUGGGUGGACGGUUUGUGUGUCUUACCAUUGCUGCAGAUCAUGCAACGAGACACCUACUCAAGCACUUUACUGAGAGUGGGUGGUUGGUGCGUCUGCACAAGAUAUCAAUAGAGGGCCGUGAGAAAAAUGAUGCAACAAAACCGACUUGCAAAGUUCCAGUUUUUGCAUUUGUCUUCACCAAGUUCAAGUCAAUGCCAGGCAUUAACAUGCCUCUGGAGCUGUGUAUGACGGACAGUGCCACCCCGGACAGAGUUAACUCAAUAGAGAUUAUCAUGACUGUUAUUGAAGAGUGCAAACACUACGCCAUGGUCAGACAGAUUCUAAACACAACGUCUGUAACGAAAGAUGACAUAUCAGUUCGGCUGUACAGUAAGACCAAUCCAGAUGGCCCGAGGUAUACCAUACAUGUUGUAGACAGUGACAGAAACUACAGCGCCUCAAAGAAGUUUGGGAUCUUCAUAACGCCACAAGGAAGAGAGACGGAGUGGAUGUUUUGUACAGACCGGGGUCGGGAGACGCUGGCGGUGUCAGCGGGUUUCCAACGACUUCUAGUCGUCUCUCUUCACCGUGAUCACUCCUACACUAACAUGGAUGCUAUAAAGGCAGAGCUGUCGAGUAAAGUCAUGGAGUUAGCUCCUCCGGGAAUGCAGGACAAUGUUCAGGUGCCAUUUCUGUCGAUCGGUGACGACAUAGGACAUCGAGAGGUACGCUAUAGAGGCAACAGUCCCCUGACUGGGGACUUUGUUGUUGAAGAUGUGACGGAUGGUGAGGAUGUCUACAGGAGGCUUGUGUUCCUGAGCGGGGUGGUGUUAGUACAGUCACAGAGUCGUCUUAUAAAAGAACGACCACGAAAAGGGAGACAUAAACAAAAAGCCAAAGCAUCGUCAAACCAGAUGGUCAUCGACCACGCCUUCCUUGAGUUUGACUUUCAUAAGCAGAUGGUGGCAGGUCUAGCCCUUGUCCCGCAAUUCCUACAGCUCCUUGCUAAUGAGAUGCGCAUAUUGAUCAUUGGUCUGGGUGCUGGCAAUCUACCCAUGUUCCUGUACCACCAUUUCCCAAAGCUCCAGAUCGAGGUAGUUGAGCUGGACGGUGCGGUUGCCGACGUUGCUAAGUCUUGGUUUGGUUUCAUCGAGGACCAACGCAUGAAGGUUUUCGUCGAAGAUGGCUUGAAAUUCAUCCACAACGCUGAAGAAAAAUCAAGUCCGAUGUACCAUGCCAUAGUGUUUGAUGUAGACGCUAAAGAUUUAACAACAGGACUAAACUCGCCGCCAAAAGCCUUCAUAGAGAAAGACUUCCUGCAGAAAGUUGCCUCUGUCAUUAUCCCUGAAGGAGUGUUCAUGAUCAAUCUGGUCAGUAGGGAUGACGCGAUCAAACAAGACGUCAUCGACGACGUCAAGACGGUCUUCCCUGUCGUGCUCACCAAGAGCGGUGACGAUGAUGUGAACGAAACACUCUACGCAAUCUCAAGGUGUAAGGAUGCGGGUAUUGCAACCGAGGCCCCCUCAGUGACGUCGUUAUCGAAGUCUUCUCCAUCGUCAAAAUUAUCCCAAGGACAAUCAGCGUCUACCCUUCAGGAUGUCUCCUCGGCAACAGAACUGCUUAAGAGAUUGCCGAGGUUCGGUAAGGACCUUCAGAAGGCAGCACAGUCAGCGCAUAAGGGAGUCUGGGAUCCUGACACGGACUUCAGCGCACUGAUGGGAAAACUGCAGAUCAGGUAGCAGGGUACGGGG